GCAGCUGACAGUUUAGCGGACUAAACAAAACAUCAAUUUUUCUUUAUCUGCAACAGAGGAAAUGUGGAUUUUUCAUGCAAUAUGGGUACACGUUCUCUUACUAGGUUCAAUUUUUGUUAUUUAUUUUCGAUCACCUAUCAUAACAAAUCUUGAGCCACAAAGUGCUCUAAAAUUAGAUCCACCGUCGAAUAGAUUAGUGUUAAUUGUGACUGAUGGACUGCGAGCCGAAUCCUUUUUUAGAAACAAUUGUAGUGAUAUACCGCAUAUUUUAGAAUUGAUGUUGCAACAUAAUGGACAGGUAGGCAUCUCUCACACUCGUGUACCAACGGAAUCUAGACCAGGUCACAUUGCACUAAUUGCGGGGUUGUAUGAAGAUCCAUCGGCUGUCACUAAAGGUUGGAAAGAAAAUCCAAUUGAUUUUGAUACAGUAUUUCAUCGAAGCAGGAAAACGUUUGCUUGGGGCGCAAACGAUGUACUACACAUAUUUUCACGUUUAAACGGAACGGGUCAAAAUUUGCUAUUUGAAGCGUAUGAUCAUAACUUGGAUUUUUCUGGUCGUGAAAAAACGUAUGAGUUAGAUGAAUGGGUUUUCAAACGGGUGCAUGCGUUUUUGCGAAACAAAGGGGAAGAACUGCAACAAGAAAAGCAAGUAAUAUUCUUUUUGCAUUUACUGGGACUUGAUACCGCUGGCCAUGUUCAUAAACCUGGUUCUAAGUUAUUUUUAGAAAAUUUACAACAUACUGAACGUGGUAUUUGGAAUAUUUAUAAAGAGUUUGAAACAGUUUUUACAGAUGGUAAAACUACUUAUUUACUUACAUCUGAUCAUGGUAUGACAAAUUCAGGUUCUCAUGGUGCAGGUGACCCUUAUGAAACAGAUACACCAUUUUUUGUUUGGGGUGCAGGAAUCGACAGAAAAGGAAAAUCGUCAACCAAAUCGUUUCAAGCAGGCCUAAAUCAGUCAUUACCUUUGCAUGAAUUAGAGCAAGCUCAACUUACUCCAAUAAUGUCCAGUUUGCUGGGUUUGCCACCACCGACUAACAAUUUUGGUACUUUGCCACAAGGAUUUUUAAAUGUUUCAGCUGAAUAUGAGGCACAUGCUACACAUGCAAAUGCUUUGCAGCUAAUAGAACAAUUUAAGAAGUUAUUAUUAGAACAUCAACGUGGAUUAUUUUCAAGAUAUCUGAAUUCAUAUAAAGAUUUAGAUUUAGUCGGUAUUGCUGCGUAUGUAAGUAGCAUCGAAAUGCACUUUGAAGAACAAAAUUUCCAAGAAGCUAUUAAUGCUAGUCAAGUGAUAAUGAAAAAGUCCAUUGAAGGUGUAAACUAUUACUUUAAUUACUAUCAAAAUUCACUACUGCUGAGUACAACAGCAACUUUCCUUGGUUGGAUCUUUUAUCUGUUGCAAAUUAUUCGCACACCGAGUUGGCAUAUAAAUGAAAGAAUAACUUUAGACAAGUUUUGCAAGAAGUCUAUUUUUCAGCUUCUCAUUUUAAACAAGCUUUUGUUGUUGUUUUUCAUUUUGCAGCGAGUACCAUUCGUUAUUGCAUUGUAUCAUGUGGUACCAGUGAAUGUGUGGGGUUUAACGUAUAUUGAAAAAGGAAGUGGUUACAGUAGUAAAAAAAUUCCCUUAAGAAAAUUAGACAUAUUGCCGAUUAUCAUUUGCACAGAACUAUUAGUUGUUACAUUUUUCCGUCCUCAAGCAAUUGCUUUACUAUUUUUGGUUUUUACAUGCUUUAGCAUGCGGAGAGAAAAUAUUAAAGAUAAUAAAUUUUUGUAUCGAAUAAUAAUGGUUUUAAUAAUUGUAAUGACACCAUUAAUAGCACCUACGGUUGGCAAUAAUAAUUUUCCUCUUUUAGCUGCGGGAUUGACUAUAACAUUUCUUCGUCCUUUUGUGAUUAAAUCACAUUUGAACAAGCAUAGUGUGGUGUAUGCAGUCAUUGCAAUUGCAAAUACAUUACUCUGUGUGUAUCAGAAUUCAAACCAUAUAGGUAUAUCAUUACCAUCCCAAAUAGUUUCAUGGAGCUAUCUGCUUUAUACGUUUACUUCAAUUUUCUUGGCUCCUAAGCAAAUGCUGAAACAUCGAGUUGAACUGAUAUUUUUUCAACUGACUACAUUAUAUGCGUUAUUCUGUACAACGUAUGAGUUAUUCUUCGUUGUUGUAUUGGGUUCUGAACUAAUACUUUCACUCUUUCCAUAUGAUAUAGAGAUCUCCAGUGAAGUGAUUGCACUUGAUUCAGUAUAUAAAUUAAAAUCUGUAGUGCGUUUGGCGUUUGCCAUUAUAUUGUACACGUUUUACUCAUUCUUUGGCACAGGAAAUAUUGCUUCGGUUAGUUCAUUUGAUCCAAUUAUAAUUAGGUGUUUCUUAACAACCUUCUCACCCUUUGUCAUAACAAUGCUUGUUAUUUUAAAACUUUUAAUUCCUGUGAUUAUAGUAAUUUCAAUUAUUAUGGGAUUAUCACCCGUCGCACAUUUCUACCAGAAGCAGAUUUUUAUCUGCUUACUACUUAUUUGUGAUAUUAUGGGACUUAAUUUUUUAUUUUUAGUAAAGAAUGAAGGAUCAUGGCUGGAAAUUGGCACAUCUAUUUCACAUUUCGUGAUAAUGGAAGUGACCACUCUGGCUUUGCUACUCUUGACAGUGUUUGCAAAACGAUUGCUAGGGAAUAGUGCUUUAAGUCGUCUAGAUUUCAAAACCAAAGCAGUGCUCUAAUAAAUGAAAACGGAUAAAUAAAUAAGAUUGUUUACAAAUUUCAUUUCAUAUAGCCAUUUUAAUAGACUGCAUAGUUCCUUAUGUAUUAACUAUAUUUAAUGUAUUAAUGUACAAAUUCGUUAAC